AUGAAUUCGGUAAUCGGCGCCACCCAUGAAUAUCGCUUCAAGUGUGUGAUUUGGGAGCUGCCGAUGGAUGAUAUCAUCCACGAGCUCCGGAACGCAUUUAUAGUUUCUGAUGACACAUCAACAUGUGAAAAGUUUUGCCGUGAUUGUGAUGAAUUUAUGACGGAGAUUACUCAUCAGGAUACCAGCUCUGCCGGUCCUUUUCGGCAUUCUCCGGAAAUAACAUUUACUCCUGACUCAGGUGUGGGUGAAAGUGUCCCUGAAUUUGUUAAUGCGGCACCACUGUCGCCCCUUCCGCCUGUCGAUCGAACGAGGAAGUCGGCCUUAACGAUAGCUCUGGAAAAAGCCCAUUUGAACGGCAGGUCGGUGAAUAAGUUCAACGACUUUGCCAUUUUCGAUGGCCGAUCAGCGGGUGGUAGGAGUCCUUCUGUGCCAAACACCCAGUCUUCCCCGCGUCUGCGUCCCUAUGUGAUAUGGUUUUGGCGUAUUUCCGGUCUUCCUAAGAUAUCCUUCUCAGUACAGCCUACAUCUUCAUGUACAGUGCAAGAUUUAGUAGGAUUAUCUCUUUGGCAGUACUUUAACGAAAAUCCAUCUGCCAUCACUCCAUUCAACUCAGAGUCAUCCCACCUUGAAAAGGACGCAACAUUAAUAAUUAAGCAAAUCGACGUUUACAUGUACGAUCCACAUGAAGACGUUGAUGACUUCCCCCCCAUUCAGCCCUCGGAUUCGAUUUAUAAGUACGGUUUUGAUUCUCUCGCAUUGGUGGAGAAUGUCACCACUGCAUCUCCUGCUCAGGAAGCCAAUUUGGAGCCGCUAGUUUACGUUACAGUGCACUUGGCCCAGGGUAUAAGUCUUGUUCGCUUUGCGGCGUCGGCGACCCUUAAAACAGUUCUCGAUGCGGCUAUCAACAGGCGCAAACUACGGCAGCAUGAGGGCUACGCCUAUCGUCUGGAGGAGUGGCUCGAUCCUGGCAAACAGCCACAAGCGUCUGAGGAUCAGAUCGCUUCCCGCAGGCCCCUCGAUCUCAGUAUGACUCUGGCGGAGUAUACGAGAAACAAUCCACGUCCACACUUCGUCCUCAUUCGUGAACACAGUCGUUAUGACCCUGUAAUGGAAGACAAUGAUCGUGGACAGCACGUUUCCGCGCCCGGGAACAGGCCUAUCGAUAUCCUAACUACAUCACCUAGUGGCGCGGUGACUCGCAACCUCCAAUCGAGGAAAUACCGAGCCACUCAUCUCCGGGGUCCCACCUCACGCGAUGUCCAACUCACCAUAUCUCGAGAUCGGCUGGACGUUCAGGCCUCUCGAUUGCCAAAGAUCUUUCGUGGUGGCUCAAAAUCCCUGACAGUGCCGAUGUCCCAUGUGGUGGAUUGCUCUCUGUGCUCUGCCACCACUGCGGUCGGUGACCCCUCCAAUCAGCCUCUCUCUAAGGUCCAAUUUGUCAUCCUCUAUCUCCCACCAGUGAGUGGGCAACAGGGUGGAGUCACGAGUGCACUGCCUUCAUUGUCAUCGCGUGCGGAGUUGGAUGUAGCGGAGGAGGGCGAUGGGGGGUCACGACAUUUUAGCUUGGAGGACAUCGUAAAUCUCGUCUUUGAGACCCAGUGGACCAGCGCCCGUGCCAUAUGUCACCAGGUAAACUUGAUCUUCUCCUGCUGUCCCAGUCGCAUCCGCGAUGCCUAUCUGAAUCUUUGCCUCUCCGCGUCACAGCGCUAG